AUGGCCUUUUUGGCGUGCUUGUGCCGAUGUCCUCAGGACGAGGACGACGACGACAAGGAGGGGGAGCAGUUCAGAAUCAAUCGCCAAGUCGCCUCAGUGGACUACUCAAAAUCUUCUGAAAGCAGCCCAUUGAAUACUGAGAGAGUGGCGCAUAUGGAAGGAGCCCAGCUAAUUGGUAGACAUGAGGAAGCAACAAUCUUCACGUUGCGUCAGCUUGCUGAGGCUACCAAAAAUUUCAGGGAGGACUAUCUUUUGGGGCGAGGAGGAUUUGGUUGUGUCUACAAAGCAACUCUUAGUAAUGGGCAGGUUGUUGCAGUCAAACAACUUGAUCUAAAUGGGUUCCAAGGGAACAGAGAAUUCCUUGUGGAGGUUCUCAUGCUCAACCUCCUGCAUCACCCUAAUCUAGUCAAUUUGCAUGGCUACUGUGUUGAUGGUGAUCAGCGCUUGCUCGUUUAUGAGUAUAUGCCAUUGGGAUCACUAGAAGACCAUCUACAUGAUCUUGCACCUGAUCAAGAACCUCUAGAUUGGAGAACACGGAUGAAGAUAGCUGCUGGGGCAGCUUCUGGUUUGGAAUACCUACAUGAUAAGGCAAAUCCUCCAGUUAUUUACCGAGACAUUAAACCAUCAAACAUUCUCCUUGGCGAAGGGUAUCAUGCAAAAUUGUCCGACUUCGACUUGCUAAGCUUGGUCCUGUUCCCAAGUAGGGGUUUAUAUCAGGCACUGGCUAUUGCAGCAAUGUGUUUACAGGAGAAAGCUAAAAACCGGCCUCCCAUUAGGGAAGUUGCCGCAGCUCUCUCUUAUUUAGCAUCACAAACAUAUGACAGGAACAACAGUGCUGCCCGUUGUAACCGUGCUGGCCCUUCAACAUCAAGAGUUCUGGAUGAUCAGAUUGGCCAGGACACCACAUUCGCUAAUCAACACGGAGCUCAGAUGUCUAUGCAUGGCCAGACAAAUCACGUCAUGCCUGAAGUGAAGGAAACUUCGUGGAGUGGGAAUGGUUCACAUCGUGGAGGAAGGGGAAGAAUUACUCCAAAUGGCGCUGAUAGGGAGCGUGCACUUGCAGAUGCCAACGUAUGGGCUGAGGCUUGA